UUUUACCGUGUUUUCUUAUUUUGUUAUUUGUUCUUAACAACUGCGAUUAGGUGUGUUAUACACUAACAAAACAUACAUAGGUACCAAAAAACAACUUAAAUGCUAUUGUAAAUAUUGUGAACUUUUAUAAUACAAUAUAAACCACAAUGCCGUUACAAGAAAAACAUGAUUAAACUUUUUGUAUAUAAUAUCUAUAUUAUAAGAACAUAGUCUAAACUCUGCGUCGAAGUAAUGUAUAUGUACACGAACCAGCCGUGUAAAUAAAUGAACAUGUUACACUGCAAACAACUGUUUAGGUUGUUCUGAUUUUUUUGGUACCAAGUAGAACAUUUAAUUCCAAAAGCUGAUCUAAUCGAUUAUUGUCCAAGAAAUUCUAGCAGCUCAACAAUUCAAAUAAAAAAUGAAACAAUUCGGUUUUUUUAUAUUUUUUUUGUUCGUCAACAUUUCGGCAGACAAAAAAGAGAUUUAUUUAAGGCCGGUUUACCUUACAAAUGCAGCCAUUAAGUGUGCUUAUAAUAUUAAUGAUGUAACCGUGGGAGAUAAUUCUAAAGCAAAUGGAUUGGAGCAUGUAAUUGAAACAAUGGUUGAUGAUAAGAGAUAUGUCAAUCAAUUCGCAAAAAUUAACUUUAUGAUCGCUUUACCGGACCAAACGGAAAUUGUCCUAAAAAAACCGGAUUGGAAAGGCAAAGUGGAGGUAUUGGAAAACAAAACGGAUGUUGUACUAGGGAUACCAGUUUCAGAUUUUAACCACACAAAGGAAUUCGAAAACAAAGCGGAUAUUGUCCUCGGAAGACCGGUUUCAGAUUUUAGACAUACAGAGGAAUUCGAAAACAAAACGGAUGUUGUCCUAGGGAUACCGGUUUCAGAUUUUAACCACACAAAGGAAUUCGAAAACCUAGUGGAAAAUGGCAAAGAAUUACCGAGACAUAUAUUAUACAAAAGGGAAUUGAAAAGUGCUGGCAAUCACCAAUAUAUAAUGCAUGAAGAAAUGGUAGCUAUAUUAGGACAAAGAAUACGCGAUGCAAUAAAUAUUGAAGUGUCUGAAUAUUAUAAACACAAAAAUUCCGAAAAAUUAGAUUUGUCAACUCUCGCAAACGAGAGAAGGGAAUUUUAUGUUGCUCCAGCAUUAAAACAUAUACUCACACGUGAAUUGGAGGCAUCUGUGCAGCGUGUAGAUGAUGAUGUAUCUUUAUUGCGGGUGUGUCGUUUUAUAGGAAUAUACAUAAGUACACAAUUACCAGAUUUAUACAUAACAGAUCUCCAGAUUGACUCGACUGAUGGUACUUGUACCCUAUGGGAUAAAUGUAAUACACCAAAAAGAUACAGAAAAAUUAAUGGCUCGUGGUCGCAAAUAAGUUUAGAUGACUUAAACGAUGCAGUUGCACCACUUGAGCAACAGUUACGACUUGGAUUUCUGUAAGAUGUACUCUUAUCAGACGAGAGCAGAUACUUGUCAAAAAGAAGACGAAUAACAGAUAAUAAUUUAAAUUAAAAAAAUAAAACCCCGGAAUCUAUUCAUUACAUAUUAUAUUAUCAUUUAUCUUACUCUA